AGAAAGACUGGGAAGAGUGCACGAAGAUUUGGUCCGGUUGAAACAGAGGGAAGCGAGGUUGCAGCUGGAUUUGAACGUGUUGAUGAUGCCGAACAUGCCAGAAACGCAGCAUCCGACGUCACAUCCGGCAAUGCAGCAGCAUCAUUUGGAGAGUUCGCAGCAGCGGGGAGAAAAGUGGUUUCUUCAUCGGUCUUCGGCCAAACUUUCCGUUGUCGAAACCCGCUUAGAUGCGUAUCUAUUUGGCGGACGAUUUCCCGGCAUAACGAACCAGCCGACGUUUACGAUUCCAGUAAACUUUCCUCCGGCGUUUAACAUGGUUGCCGCCGUUGCACUUCAACCAGCGGCUGGUUCAGGAGGUUCAGCAAAAUCAUCCGGUGUUGAAUCAGCACCGUUAUCAUCAACAGCAGCAGCAGGGUCAGAAUCCCUGUCAGCAGCAGCCCAAAAACUGCAAAAUUACCAGCAAGACCAGAAAAAGAUGCAACACCAUCGUGGCAGGCUGAACCGAUCCGGGGAGUACGAAGCGUACGCGAUUGUCCCAUUGUUAUAAAUAAAUACAAGUUAUUUUAAACCCUAGUUUAUAUUUCAAAGCAAUUUCAUUCACCAUAUUCUGGCCACCGUGAUGCGAUAUUCGAGCGGUCGUUGAGUACCUUUAACUACCGGGGCGUUUUCCGAUCUGACGAAGACUUUUUUUCGUCCAGCUGCUAAUUGAUUGCGAUUAGUGAGAAUGCUGGUUGUAGAAUUCGAACGAAACGCAGCACCUUGACCAUAAUCAGUCUAGUGUGAAAAGGAUACUCAGGGUUAAUGCACACGGACACUUCUUCCAGGUCUGGUCACGGCGAUCAUGAUUUCAUAGCAGAAAAACUUCUCCAUCUCGUGGACCAAUCGGGUUUCGACGUUCUGGACGGCCUUUUGCGGGCCUUGUUUGAAAUUUAAAAAAAUCACUUGUCGAAUCUCGCCAUCAUAUAUCCGCUUCUUCAAGCGACGAUCCGACGGAGUUCAACGUUCCAGCGGACUGGAAGGAGGUUGUCGCCAUUUACAGAGGAAUUCGUUGUCGAUUUCCGCUGACGAUUCCCGGGACGGUAACGAUGCAGGAUCGCAGUCACGCUGCUGGGAUUUGAGCUAGAUGUGUCGCUCACCAAUAAAGCCAUCCCGAUUUGGACCAUUUGUCUCUUUAUCGCGACGUG